UGCAGUUCUGGGCCUCCUCCUCCUCCUCCUUCAGGAAGUUCAGCAGCGGUAUUUAAAUCGCGCGCAGCAGCAGCAGCAGCAACACUUUUAGAACGGGACAUCGCGCGCGCAGAGGCAACAGACCCUCGACCCUGACAGCAAAGAUGCCGAGGUCCUUUUUAGUGAAGAGCAAGCGUGCUCACAGUUACCACCAACCUCGCAGCCUGGAGGACGACUACAUCCGUCUCGACGCUCUGCUGAUGCACACCUACACAGAGAUCCAGGCCGAGCCGGACUGCUGCGAGGACGUGAGUAAACGUGUAGGUCGAUGCUCGCCUGAAGGCAGCGCUGUGUGUACGGCCGAACAUAAAGCUCAGCACUCGGCGCUCAGCUGCGAGGGAAGUGUGUGCGAUCCGCCGACGGGAUUCGAGGACCCCGUAUGGAGACCAGCGUCCCCGUCUUCUUCUCCAGAUGUGGACGAAUUUGCGCUGCCGUCCCCAGACGAUAUCCAACCCUUCGACCUGACUUUCCGCCCCUGCCCCUGGACUCACACCCAUUCCGAGCUCAGGCGCCUCGUUAGACCGUUCCAGCGGAGUCAUGUGGCAGGCGAGACUCCGCCCAUCGAAGUUUACGGCUCCACAGAGAGGAUCGCCGAGGCCUUCUUCUCCAACCGCUCCAUGUUCCGAGGGUUUACUCAGGAGGAGUACAGCUCACUGGCUUCAGAUCUGUUGAAAAGCCGUACACGAGGAUACUACACCGAUUUCAAGGCCGUGAGACCCGUGGACGGAGAGAUCAAACCUCGUUCUGACGUCUUGUGCACGCGGCUGCAGGUCAGCGGCUCUUACAAGUGUGUCAAAUGCACUAAGGUGUUUUCUACGCCUCACGGGUUAGAGGUCCACGCCCGGCGCUCGCACAGCGGCACGAGGCCUUUCGCGUGUGAGCUGUGCGGGAAGACGUUCGGUCACGCCGUCAGUCUUGAACAGCACAAAGUCGUCCACUCGCAAGAGAGGAUUUUCAGCUGUAAGAUCUGCGGGAAAAGCUUCAAGAGAUCGUCCACUCUGUCCACACACCUGCUGAUCCAUUCGGACACGCGGCCGUACCCCUGCCAGUACUGCGGCAAGAGAUUCCACCAGAAAUCCGACAUGAAGAAACACACCUUCAUCCACACGGGUGAAAAGCCGCACAAGUGUCAGGUGUGCGGGAAAGCGUUUAGCCAGAGCUCGAACCUCAUCACGCACAGCCGCAAACACACCGGCUUCAAACCGUUCGGCUGCGACUCGUGCGGAAAAGGUUUCCAGCGCAAAGUGGACCUGAGGAGACACAGAGAAACGCAGCACGGCCUGAAAUAAACCACGCUUCCGUUUCAUUCCAUGUUCUUUGUACUGAAAACACUAAAGAGCACAUUUAGACUGUUAAUACUAAAGAAAAGCUUUGUUUAUUAACUUUUAUGUGUUUAUUAAAACUUUAUUUAUAAAAUUCUUGUGUUUAGACGUUUAGGUGAAGCCACACUUUUUUUUUUUUUUUGGAUAAAUAAAAGUUCCUUCCCGGGUUCCUGUUGUUUUCUGUUCACACCGUUCGUGUAGGUUGUUCUGUUGAAGCGGGACAGAAUAAAGUGUGGUGUUGGUGGAACACUGGGCUUUACGUGUUUAUAAGCAGGUCAGAGGAACCUCGAACAUCUCACAGCUGCUUAUAAAGCAAACUUUCACACGCGACACAUUUAUCCGAGAGCUGUGAGAGCAACGGGUUAAUAAUCACGCCGAACAGAUUUACUCGUUUCCUGAUCGCUCACGAUCGGCUUUUUUUGGUUGUUGUUCAUGUCUCGUUGUUUGAUUAAAAUUAAAGUUUCAAAUGAAAAA